AUAAGCUCUAUUUUCAAACAGUUCGGUACGAAUUUGCGUGCUUUCCGUAUGUUCUCAUUUGACUGAGAUGCUACUGAUUUUCUAGCCAAAAACUGUUAACACCAUAUAGAAUUUUAGAAAAAGAUUUCAAGUGGGUACACAUUGUAUCCAGCCUACACUUACUUCGGACGCACUGCGGAGAAUGUGUACUUAAGAACUCGUAGUCCUAACACGGCAUAUCAUUUGUCUAGUGGUCGGGUCAGUGGCAAAACAAAUGAUGAUACAUCAAACAGAUUCUGAAGAUAUUGUUGAAGAGAGAGUAAUCAAUGAAGAGUAUAAGAUAUGGAAAAGAAAUACACCUUUCUUAUACGAUAUGCUUAUGUCACAUUGUCUAGAAUGGCCAAGUCUAACUGCUCAAUGGUUACCAUCUGUAGAAAAGACUGGAAGAGAUUAUUCUGUUCACCGUUUAAUACUCGGGACUCACACGUCAGAUGAACAAAAUCACCUACUGAUUGUUACAGUUCAUCUACCAAAUGAUCAAGCAGAAUUCGAUGCGAGUGCGUAUGAUAGUCAACGGGGUGAUUUUGGUGGAUUUUAUUUUCCAUCUGGCAAGUUGGAAAUAUCAAUGAAAAUAAAUCAUGAAGGGGAGGUUAAUCGUGCUCGGUUUAUGCCACAAAAUUCAGAUAUAAUAGCUACUAAAACACCAAGUGGAGAUGUUUUAAUAUUUAAUUAUCCAACACACCCUCCGAAAUCAUCAUUGGACCGAGGUUGUCAACCAGAUUUACGUCUUAAGGGUCAUCAAAAAGAAGGUUAUGGAUUGUCUUGGAAUGUAUCACUAAAUGGUCAUCUUCUUUCAGCCUCUGAUGAUCAGACAAUAUGUUUAUGGGAUAUUAAUGCAACACCACUAGAUGGUUGUAACCUGAAUGCUAUGGCUAUCUUUACAGGACAUCAUUCAGUUGUAGAAGAUGUUUCAUGGCAUCUUUUUCAUGGACAUAUUUUCGGCUCGGUAGCUGAUGAUAAUAAACUUAUGAUUUGGGAUACACGUAGUUCAAAUCGUAAUAAACCACAACAUCAAGUUGAUGCGCAUACAGCUGAAGUUAACUGUCUGGCUUUCAAUCCAUUUUCUGAGUUUAUUAUUGCAACAGGCAGUGCAGACAAGACGGUCGCUCUUUGGGAUCUACGCAAUCUGCGAUUGAAACUGCAUUCUUUUGAAUCUCAUCGAGAUGAAAUAUUUCAGGUCCAAUGGUCACCACAUAAUGAAACAAUACUUGCCAGUUCAGGUACUGACCGACGUCUUCAUGUUUGGGAUUUAAGCAAAAUUGGUAUCGAUCAGACUCCUGAAGAUGCGGAUGAUGGUCCACCUGAAUUAUUAUUCAUACAUGCUGGGCAUACAGCAAAGAUUUCCGACUUUUCAUGGAAUAUUAAUGAUCCAUGGACCAUUUGUUCUGUUUCUGAGGAUAAUAUUUUACAAAUUUGGCAAAUGGCUGAAAAUAUAUAUAAUGAUGACGACAUAGAAUUGGGCAAUAUGGAUCUUGAACAACAUCGCUAACUCAUCAUUAUAUGUGUGUUCACCUCUUUUCUUCUGAUUCAUUGUUUGUUUUAUAUUUUUUUAUGUGUUAGACUGUAAGAAGAGAGAGGUUUUUAAAAAAAGAGCUGCAUUUCCACUUUCUGCGCAUUUAGCCUUCUGCGUCAUUCACAAGCCUACCUUUUUGUGUGUUCUUAAGGCAAGAUGCCUGUAACUGUAUACAUGUGUAAAUCUUUUUGAAAAAAUAAAUCUAAGCAAGUUACAAGUCA